AUGAGUAAAUUGCCAUCAACUCAAGCCAAAAGCCAGACUCCAAUCUCUAAGUUCUUCGCCAAGAAAAACAGUAGUAAAAAUAUAAAUGAUACUGUGCUAUCUAAUUCGCCCCCACUAUUGGCCAAUGAAGUAGACAAGCCUGAUGCAGGAAGUAACGAUAUACUUCUUCCAUGCCACAACCCCUCAGUAUCGAAAAGAUCCUUUGCUUCUAUUGAAAACUCGGUCGACGAAGACGUUGAAGAUACAGCGAGAUCGGCAAAGCGUCUGAACAACAACAAAACGAGUUUAGAACGUACUAUACCGCCUGACGUUAAUCUCGGCACACAGGGCUCAAGAUAUAUCGCACCAAAGAUCUCAUCACAGACAGAUCACUAUCUGUACAAGAAAUUGUCUUCAACUACUGGGUUAUACCAAAUUUCCGAGAGAAAAGAAGAAAUCACACUCGAAAAUGCAGAAAGAAAAAAAUUACAUGAGCUGUGGGUCAAAAAAUUAGGGCUCGCAAGACUCGGGCAGAAUUGGAAGAACAAUGAAGAAGCAGCUACGUUAGAAGAAGAUCAAAGUGAAGAUGAAGAUGAAAGCAGGAACUUGCCGGUGUCAAAGGGCAAAAAGAAGGCUGGCAAGCUAACACCACUUGAAAUACAAUUUCUUGAAAUCAAAAAAGAUCAUAUAGACACUAUUCUAAUUGUUGAAGUAGGUUAUAAAUUCAAAUUUUUCGGAGAAGAUGCCAGAAUAGCUGCAAGAGAGCUCAGCAUAGUGUGCAUACCUGGAAAACUUCGAUUCGAUGAACAUCCUUCUGAGUCACAUUUUGAUCGAUUUGCCUCAGCAAGUAUACCCGUUCAUCGGAUCUCUGUUCAUGCGAGGCGACUUGUGCAAGCGGGCUAUAAGAUAGGAAUAGUUCGACAAGUCGAAACAGCUGCCUUGAAAAAGGCUGGAGACAAUCGUAAUACUCCUUUUACAAGAAAACUCACCAGUCUCUACACUAAAGGAACUUACAUCGAUGAAUUUGAUACAUUUGAAGAUCAAUCAAGCUUACUUGAGGGUGGAGCAUCAGCAAAUGAAUAUCUAAUAUGUGUGGCCGAAUCACAAUUGAAGCGAUCCGGCACCGACGAAAAAGUAGAUGUCGGACUUCUGGCAGUUCAACCGGCAACAGGUGAUAUAAUAUAUGACUCAUUUGAAGAUGGGUUUUUGCGAAGCGAAAUUGAGACUAGAUUACUUCAUCUUCCUCCAAGUGAAAUUCUUAUUGUCGGAAAGUUAACGAAAACGACUGAGAAAAUAAUCAAUAAUCUAUCCGGCUCUUCAAAUAAUACGAUCGGCGAACAAAUCCGGGUAGAGAGGAUAGACAAUGGUCAAACUUUUGUUGCCGAGGCAAUAUCACAUAUUUCCCAAUUUUACGACAAUUUGAAUCCACCAACAUCGGGGAGCGUAGAGAGACAUCAGAAUUUUCAAGACAAGAUACUUCAGUUGCCAGAAAAAGUUAAAAUCUGCUUGUCUGCUAUGAUUACACACCUUAGUGAAUAUGGACUAGACCAUGUAUUUGACUUAACAAAAAACUUCGAACCCUUCAGCGUACGGAGCCACAUGCUUCUUAACGGCAACACUUUGACAAGUUUAGAGAUCUUUCGUAACCAAACUGAACAUACUGAAAAGGGUAGCUUAUUCUGGGUGCUGGAUAAGACUCAAACUAGAUUUGGCCGGCGCCUGCUUCGGAAGUGGGUAGGUCGUCCGCUUCUCGACCAAACCCAACUCGAGGAGCGACUCGAUGCAGUUGAGGAGCUGAAAAAUAGCCAUCAAACAUUAAAAGUCGACAAGAUCCACUCGCUCCUGCGUAAUACUAAGACCGAUUUGGAACGAAAUCUAAUUCGAAUUUACUAUGGGAAAUGCACGCGCCCAGAGCUUCUAAUUGUUCUACAGGCUCUGCAAGCUGUUGCUACUGAAUAUGGUCAUGUCAAAGCUGACGAAAACGUUGGAUUCACGUCGCCUCUUCUUUGUUCUCUAAUCAGAAGCCUUCACCCAAUAAAUGAUACUGUCACGAAAUUUCUUUCUAUGAUUAGUAUAGAAGCUGCUCGUUCAGACGAUAAAUACGCAUUUUUCCACCCUGACCAUGAAAGUGAAAGUAUAACUGACCAUAAAAUGGGCAUUGCCAUUGUAGAGCAGGAGCUCGAUGCUCAUCGUCACAGUGCUUCUAAAAGCCUCCAAAAGUCGAAGCCUUUGCCAUAUAUGACUGCUGCCGGAAUAGAAUACUUAUUUGAAAUUUCGAACAGUGAUCUGAAGCGUGUUCCGGUAUCGUGGACCAAAGUAUCGGGCACUAAAAAGGUCAGUCGCUUUCAUACGCCUGAAGUAAUUCAGAUGCUGCAAGAGCGUGGUCAGCACAAGGAGUCACUCGCUGCCGCUUGCGAUUCUGCUUUCGCCAGGCUUCUCAGCGACAUAGCUCAGCACUAUGUGGCGCUUCGUGAGACAAUUCACGCACUCGCCACCCUCGAUUGUCUCGGAUCGCUUGCGCGUGUAGCCCAACAACCUGGCUAUAACAGGCCUCACCUUACCGCGACACCAUGCAUUGAAAUAUGUCAAGGCCGGCAUCCUAUGGUCGAGCAGCUGCUUACGACAGAUUACAUCCCUAAUACAACGCGUCUUACCACAACACCUGAUGGCCCGCGCGCUCUCUGCAUUACUGGUCCUAACAUGGGCGGAAAAUCAUCUUAUGUGCGCCACAUUGCGCUGCUGGUUCUUAUGUCCCAAAUCGGCUCUUACUUACCUUGUGAAAGUGCUUGUCUUGGCCUCGUCGACGCCAUAUAUACUCGUAUGGGUGCUGCUGACUCAAUCUUUACACGCCAGUCUACUUUUCACGUUGAGCUCUCUGAAACGGCUGCAAUUAUGCAAUGCGCUACACCACGGAGCCUUGUCAUCCUUGACGAGCUAGGUCGUGGCACAAGUACUCAAGACGGUGUGGCUAUUGCUGAAAGUACACUAGACUGGAUUGUUAGAGAAAAACGGUGUCUAUGCUUAUUUAUUACCCACUACCAAAGCUUGGCUGCCGUAGCUCAUAGGUUCGAAGCUGAUGGAGCCUUGAAAAAUGUGCAUAUGAAAUUCACCACUAGCAACCCAGAGAGCCUAGAAAGUGGUACCAGAAACUUUGAAACAGGCCAUGAAGAGGUGACAUUUCUUUAUGAAGUAGGCGAGGGUGUAGCUCAUCGUUCAUAUGGUCUAAAUGUUGCAAGGUUAGCACACAUCCCUAAAUUUGUUUUAGACUUGGCAGCAGUAAAAUCACGCGAAAUUGAAAUGGUUAUCAAAACAAAGAGGCUCAUUGGUGCCGCAAGGAUGAUUAAUUCUGUUUUCAAAAAAGAAACUGAUAUAGAUUUAGACGAGCUGGCCUCAAGUUUGGCAGAGAUAUAG